AUUCAAUGUAAUAAUACAUUUAUGACACGUGUAAUACGCAUAUACACGUCAUUUCAACCUUUUGGUUUUUAAAUACACAUUUCCACAGCCUUAUGCAGUGGCCUGGCUCCACACUGGUGCACAGCAGGUGGCCUGAAAGCUCUACAUGGAGGCAUGAUGGAGUUGAGGCUGUGGCAUGAGUAGCCACAGAGUGGAAUGCACUUUGGAUCAAAGCACGAGUCAACUAGAAUCUCCAGGUGUUCAGAGUAUUUCCGCCCGCAGCUCUCGGCUUCACUUCCGCCUGCUGCUCCUCCGUGAUGACUGACGUGACUUUCUGCUGCGACGCGCGUGCCGAAGAGCUGGAGACUUUGGGGUGGUACCACUAUGACCUGUCCCGUCAUGCUGCAGAGGCUCUUCUCUUGUCCAAUGGGAAUAAUGGAAGUUAUCUCCUGAGAAACAGUAACCAGGGGCCAGGCUGCUUUGCCCUGUCUGUCAGGGCGAAGGAUUCUGUGAAGCAUUUUCAUGUGACACGCAAAGACAACGGUUAUCUGUUUGGGUUCAACGAGUUUGCAACCCUUCGAGACUUUGUCAACCACUUUGCUAACCAGCCGCUGCUGGGUAGUGACACAGGAACCCUGAUUGUGCUCAAGUGUCCGUACCCAUGGCGUGUGGAGGAGCCAUCCAUCUACGAGUCUGUUCGAGUUCACACAGCCAUACAGACAGGCCGCACAGAGAAUGAUCUGGUACCGAAUGCCCCAUCGCUGGGCACAAAGGAAGGCUAUCUGGUGAAACAGGGAGCGAUUGUGAAGAGCUGGAAACCGAGGUGGUUCACACUGAACAGAUAUGAACUCAAAUACUUCAAAGACAAAAUGUGUGAAGAGCCCAUUCGAACCCUUGAUCUGAGAGCCUGCUCUGCAGUCCAGUUUGACUACUCUCAGGACAGAGUCAAUUGUUUCUGCCUGGUGUUUACUGAGAGGACAUUUUAUCUCUGUGCAAAGACAGGUGUGGAGGCAGACGAGUGGAUCAAGAUCCUGAGGUGGAAACUGUCACAGACUCUCAAAGGCCGAUGACUGCUGAUGGAAAGAAUCCUCGGGUUCAUAGAAGACGUCACAUCAGCUGGAUAAGGAAUACCGAACAGCACCAUUCAAAAGUGAAGAGUGAAGUGGAGCGCGGACACAUUCCCCUCAGUGUACUGACUAACUACUUCAGUGUGAUUCCACUUUACUUUAUGAAAGAUGCUUCAUUACUCAUGAGGGUCUUACUUUCUGCUUUCCUUACCACAGUAUCUUUGGUCCUGUAUUUUUAACAUAAAUAUCUACUGAAAGGAUAUUGCUUGCAUGAUUGUUGACCAAAACCAACGAUGUGUGAGUGUCUCCCAGUCCUUCCUGACUUCCCUAACCUGUCUGUGGCUCUCAGCUCCAAGACCAUUGUUUCCUAGAAGUACUAACACAAACAGGUGGAAAUAUUUACACACUGAUGUUAAUUUGUAUUUCCGUCAGCAGAACAGUGUGUGUGGAACUGAGUACGAAUAAACUAGUGUGUGUUUAUGAAACACGUCACCCAGUGCAA